ACAGCUUGUUUGGUGCUGGAGAGAGGAUUCGGUACACCUGUAAAUAGAGUGAGUGAUAUAACUAUAACCGGCGUCUGGGUUACGUUUUCUAUGCUCAAGUUAUAUUGAUAAAUAUAAAAGGUCUUCCAUCAUGACUCCCAGACUAUGGUGCUGUUUGCUUUUAUCUACAACAUUACUUGCCUUUGUGGCAGUAUCCCAUGGUCAGGAAGCAGAUGUCACUGCCACCAGUCUGUGUCGCAAGAUGACCAACUGUAGUGCCUGCAUUGCUGGAGGACCUCUCUGUGCUUGGUGUAAAGAACAAAUCACCGACGUGAAGGAGGAGCAGAGCAGACACAGAUGUGAUGUAUUAGCCAAUCAUCUGAAAGGCGGAUGUGCACAGGUCGACAUUGUCAAUCCUGACCAUGAUAUUAACCCCACCAAGGACACUCCACCCAGGUCAGGUUCUAUGACAGAGAAGCCCAUCCAGCUUUCACCUCAGGAGAUGAAAAUUAAAGUUAGACCAAACAAGCCAGUAAAUUUCAAGGUCCAUUUCAAGCUGGCUGAGAACUAUCCUGUGGAUCUGUACUACUUGAUGGACAUGUCCAGGUCUAUGAAUAUACACAGGGAGAAACUGGCCGCACUGGGAGUUAAGAUCUCUAAUGAAAUGGCUGCAAUUACUGAAGAUUUUAGACUUGGUUUUGGCUCCUAUGUCGAUAAGGUCACCAUGCCUUAUGUCAGCAUUUAUGCCCCGAAGCUGAACAACCCGUGCUCAGAAAGUGAUAAAUGUGCUGCCCCCUAUGGUUACAGACAUGAACUAAGUCUUACUAAUGAUGCUAAGAUAUUUUCUGAAAAAGUGCUAGCCACCCCUAUAUCUGGUAAUCUUGACGUCCCUGAGGGGGGCUUUGAUGCUGUAGUCCAGGCUGUUGUCUGUGAGAAGCAAAUAGGCUGGAGAAAUCCUUCCAGAAAGCUGCUGAUCUUGAGCUCUGAUUCUGGGGUUCAUUUGGCAGGGGAUGGCUAUUUGGCAGGCAUAGUGAGGCCUAAUGACUUAAACUGCCAUAUGGACGCUGAUAACUAUUACACAGAAUCUCUGAACCAGGACUAUCCAUCCAUCAGCCAGGUCCGUGAAGUUCUCCAGAACAAGGAUGUGGUGCUAAUAUUUGCUGUGACACAGAACCAGUUUAAUGUGUACAAGGAGCUCAGUGACUUCUUCCCCAACUCUCUGACUGGAGAACUGAAGAAUGACUCCAGCAACGUGGUACAGCUGAUCAAGGAAGUUUACCAGAAUAUUUCAUCUCAAGUGGAGCUGAAAACAAAUAGUACAGAAGGCAUAAGUUUUAAAUUCAGAUCAGAAUGCUUAGGGACCAAAAAGAUGAACACAAACAAAUGUUUGGGACUGAAAACUGGACAGAGUGUGACAUUUGAUGUGGAGAUGACAGUUACCCAGUGUCCAAAGGAUCCCACACAGAAGAGCCGUGUGGUGGAAAUCUCCCCUGGUGGUGGUUUGGGAGAGAAACUCGUCCUGAACUUGGAGUUCAUGUGCGAGUGUGACUGCGAGCUCCCUGCCAAUGAGGUGCCAUUAAGUCCCCUGUGUGAGGGUCAGGGUACAUACCAGUGUGGUAUAUGUCAGUGUGACGCGGGGUUUGCAGGAAGACGCUGUGAGUGUGAGACAGACAAGGAGUCCACAGAGGCUCUGGAUGCACAGUGUAGAAGACCCAAUUCUACAGACCUCACCAUCUGCUCUAACAAAGGCCAGUGUAUAUGUGGGGCGUGUACUUGUUUACCAGAUUACCGCGGACCCUUGUGUGAGUGCAAUGACUUCAGCUGUGAUAAUUUUGAGGAUCAGUUGUGUGGUGGACCUACCAGAGGCACCUGUGUAUGUGGCAAGUGUGUGUGUAAUGAAGGUUACAGUGGCAAUGCCUGUAGCUGUCCAGAAAGUAAAGAGAAUUGUAUAGCCUCUAGUGGGGAAGAGUGUAAUGGCUAUGGACAGUGUGUGUGUGGUGUAUGUCAGUGUAGACUGGAGUCAGGACACUCUGGUCCCACAUGUGAGGACUGCCCUACAUGUCCAGGACUAUGUGAAGAAACUAAGCUUUGUGUCCAGUGUACAGCAUUCAAUUCUGGAGAAUACUCCCCAGAGUACUGCAAGGCUAACUGUACCAACAUAGAGAUGGUCCCAGAUGUGCAGAAGUACAGUGAUGAGAAGAUAAAAUUCUGCCAGUUCAAAGAUGAUGAUGACUGUGAAUUUUACUACAACUAUGAGUAUGUCGGCAAUAAGAAGAAUAUCUACAUCAAAGUACAACAAACGAAAGCCUGUCCUGCCCAGGCCAAUGUAUUAGCCAUAGUACUGGGGGUGAUAGCAGGGAUUGUAGCCAUAGGACUGGCUAUACUGCUGAUCUGGAAGAUACUCACCACCAUUAAUGACAGGAGAGAGUUCGCCAAGUUUGAGAAAGAGAGAGAGCAGGCGAAAUGGGAUACUGCUGAAAAUCCCAUCUUCAAACAAGCCACUUCCACAUUCAAGAACCCCACAUAUGAGGGACAGAAAAGCUGAGCUAAGAGACCAAGAUAAAAAAAUUACCAGAGAGGCAAAGUAAAUUGUAGUAAUUCCAGGAGAAAGUGCCAUGUGUCGAGGAAAGGGAGUGAUAUUUAUUGACAUUGUUGCACUAUCCUGUAGAAAAUGCACUUGUUGGUAUUGUGGUAGGAUAAAACAAGAGCCUUUUUUUUUUUUUUUUUUUUUGAAAAAUGUUAAAAUUUAGUCAUUUUGGCUGCUCAGAAAGUGAAGAUGUCUCAGUUUUGCUACAGUUCAUCAUUGAUUGGGUGUAAUAUUAGUUAUUUUGGUUAAAAAUACUACGUACGUACUAAGCAUGACUUAGGUGCUGUAUGGCUGUGUUGUGCAUAUUAUACAUAUAUCAUGUAUAUGCGUUAUGUGCAUUGAUUCACAUGUGCAUAUAAUGCUGAAUUUCUUGAUGGUGACACAGUUCUGGGACAAAUAAGCAGCAGUCCUGAAUACCUUUUUAGUGCAUUUAUUUAUAUAUUUAUUUAUUUAUUUAUUUAUUUAUUCAAAAAUUAAAUGAUAGUAAUGUAUCGUGUGUCUGAGAAAAAAGAAAUUUAGAAAAUGGAUGGAUACAAAAUUCAGAUCACAGUCAACAUUGAAAAAGUUUCAAGAAGUUUCAAGUGACCAGUUGCCAAAGAUUUGUGACACUGAGGUUCUGUGACUCUGGCAGUGAAUAGGGGAGAUUAUUUUCUGGCAUUUUUAUUUGAAUUUUUGUUGCAUUUAGAUUAUUUUCAAGUCCGUGAACUUAGCAAUGAAUUGAAUUUUUAAGUGGCCAGUCACAAGUAUAAGGUAAAGAAAAAAAUCAGAAAGGUCAGGAUUAGUGAACUUCAUUAUGUACCCUAUUCUUAUUUAAAUUGUUAUCAUUAUACUGGAAACCAUGGGUUCAGUUGAUGAUUUUAUCAGUUGUAUGGGAUUUUAUUUGUAAAUGCUGCUGAAUUAUAUAUUAUUAUCUCACUGUUGAAACUGCCUUUUAGGAUACAAACUAUAUAAUUGUAACAUAUGCCAAAAAGUGGGUCUGUGUAAAUAGAACAGUCUCAGUGCUUUUUAGUUACUUGUAAUUAAUAUGUUUGUAUUACCUGUGUAUCUUAUUGAUCAAAGUGAAAAAUCAUAGCCUAGAUAAUCAUUUAGAUGAAGUCAUAUGAGUAACAUGUAAUAUGUAGAGAAUGAGAUUCUACAUGUAUGUCCUAAGUUUCUUUUCUCUGUGUAGAUUUUGUAGUCACAGUUGAGUUAAUAUCAGAUGAAAUGACAUGAUAUUAUAACAGACAUUGCUGAAAAAGGCAUUAAUUAGGCCUUGUAUUAGAUUUAUUUACAAUGUACUGUGACCUACACAAUGUGCAAUUGACACGUUGCUUAUCACUAUGUAUACUGUUGGUAGGUUAAGCUGAAUUUUUAUAAUGCUGAAAGCUUUAAUUGUAUCAAUAGCUGUGUGGUAUCCCAUGUAUUUAUAGCCCAGAUUGUGCUUUAAAAUGGACAAAUGUGAAAAAGAAUUCUUAUUGUAAGUAUCAUUUGACUUGUAUUUAAGUAAGGAUGAAACUGUUGCUUAAAUUUGCUUUCUAUCAUGUUGUUCAAUUUUUGGAAUCUUUCAACCAACCACAAAUCAAGAGGUUUAAGUGAUGAAAAUGGUUAAUAGUAGAAGUGUGCAUGACAUUAUGAAACAAAUUUUAAAGAAGUUUUGGGUAUUUAUAUCUUGGUGUUUUGCUAACAUAAAAUAGAACACAGCCUAGAAUUGUGUUGGCAGCAAUUCACCUAUAAAACUUUGCAUUGAAGACUUUGAGGUCCGUUCUCAGUGUAACUGCCAGUAAGUAACUUUUACAGUGCAUUUAAACUGCCAUCUUAUUAUUUACAUUGCUUUGUAUUUAAAUAUUCGUGCUUGCCUCAGGUCCUGAAAUAAAGAAAUAUGAACAUUUUUAGGAAAAGGAAAGUUGCAUAGUAAGUAUUGCAAGUUAAAUUCAAAUACCCGAGUUUGGAGAGGUUUAAGAGAGUAAAUUAAUCCUUCAAAAGAGCAACAGUCCCGUUCUAAUAUUUUUGUUAUCUUAUUAUUCAAUAAGGAGCAAGAAGAAACCUAUAAAAAUCUAAGACUUAGAGACCAUCCUGUUAAAUUUCCUUUACUUAUUUGUUCAGUUCUUCAUACAUAAAAAUUAAACUUUGAGGUGUACUAACAAAGGUACUUAUAGUCUGUUCAUGGUCAAGUCUUGGGUCUCUAGUAUGGAGGUGUCUGGUUACUAACUGGAUGCAGGCACUUUCUAUCACAUAUAACUGCCUUUUUGCAUUUUCCUUAUUUUAUUAAGAAAAUGUAUAUGAUUUAAUAUUGUGCUGCAAUUCAAGUGCCCUUUCAACACAUUUGUAAGGACUGGAUGUUAAAUUAAAAUUAUUCCAUUCACUAUAUGUUUUAGAAACACAGUUUAUUAUGCAGAGAAAUGUGCGAGUGAGCAGUUGUAGAUGAUUUCAUUAAGUCCACAUUUAAAAUGUUGCAUUUGCUUUGCUAUUUAUAUACACAGCAAAAUGUAGUGAAGGAUAUAGACUGGACCUGUAGAGGUUAGAUCUGUAUUUAUGGACCCAAAAAAUAUGUAUUAGAAUCUAAAUGUUCUGUGUUCUGGUUUACAUUAUAUGACCCAACUUUUUAUCUAUAAAAUACUUUUUCUUUUGUGUAAACUAAUAACAUUUUGCAUAUUUAAAAACUUCCUGUAGGAAUCUUUUUCAACCCAUUGUAAUUCCUCAUUUUAUUUUCCCUUAUUUUUCAUUCCAUAUAUGUGUAGUGCAUAUGAAUUAUUAUUUUUUGUAAACAUACGCAAGCAAGGAAUUUGCGAAAUGCUGUAACAAAAUGUAUCAUGAUUUGUAGUUUAUCUUUUUUGUUGCAUUUGUCCAAAAUUUGAAUUUAUUUUAAUUAAAAUUUCUCAUCUGUGCUCAGUAUGGCUAUUAUACUGAUUACAGAUGCAUUGGUAAUCCAAUUAAAAUUUUUUCGGAAAACAAGACUCGGUACUAACAGUGAGUAGUCCUUUUAUGGUUUCACAGUUAUAUCAUUUUAAUUAAGAAAUUAUAGAAAUUGAAAAAUCAUUUCUCAUUAUAUGCUUUUUUUCAUAGGUCACAAUUAUAAUAUGUAAACUAAUAUUCAAUAAAACAACUUUUCUUUACAAGCUGGUUUUAUUUUGACUUCUGUCCAGUAAAUUUGACUUUUUAUCUCUCUUUUGUGGAUGAUUGUUGGAAACAAAGUUGUAAAGUAAUGAAUAUCAACACAAGCAGAAUGUAGCUAAACAAGUAAUAAAGCAGAUCCAGAUAUUUUC